GCCAAACUCGCUUGCUUUUCGCUACCCAGGUAGCCUAUCGGUCCGUCGCGCCACUGGCAGUCUUGCGGUACCCUUGCCAAGCAGCCGUGGAUCCCUCUCGGCCGCUCUCGACCAACGGAUGGCCUGUGUCGUUCAGGGUAGCUGGGGUCGGAGUGCCGAUUUGCUGGAUCUCCCUGUCCCUGGUGACAUGGGCCCGUUGGUCCACCAAUGCAAGAUUUGAGCAACGCCGGGUCCGGAAAGGGGAGAGGGCGUCUAAAAGCCCGAUGGCAGCCAGUUCUGGGCCCUGCCGCUGCUGUCGUGUUCCUCUCUCCAUGUUUUGCUGCUUUCCGGGGUCAUUUUCAGUGUGAAUGUUCAGUUGAGCAUUUUCGCUCUUUACCAGGACGUAUCGGUCGUCAAAGCCCAGUCUCUCAUUCUGUAUAUCCAGAUCUUUUAGCAUAUUUUCUUUCUUUUAUUAUCUUCAUUUUUACUUCUUCGCCAUCGACAUGGCUCCAUCUUCGUUCAAGAAGCUCGGGGCAGCCCUCGCUUUCGCUUCCGCGGGGAGGGUUGCCGCCCACUCUCCCGACCUCCUGGGGAGUGUUGUUGAUGCCAUAUUCGGCGAGGCCCCAACGCCGACGCAUACCCAUACAACGAGCUACGUUACCGCAACCUCGACCGGCGUCAACGAAGCCGGCGAGACUACCGUCGUUGUCGUCGUCGACACGACUAUCUGCCCCGUUACGGCCGCCGAGGCCUCCGAGACUUCUACCCUUAUUUCCGAGACCAGCCCCGUUCCAGUGCCGGCCACGGCGACGUCUGCGACGGCCGCUGUGGCUGUCACACCUUCGGCUUCGGGCUCCGCCAUCAUCAGCACCUCGCUGCUGCGGAACGCUUCCGUGCCCAUGACCACCAGCACAAUUUUUACGUCCCUCACAUCUACCAUCUCCUCUUGUCCUACCGCCGCAUCCGACUGCACCGUCGGAGAUGUCACCACUGUCGUCGUUGCCGUAUCAACGACCGUCUGCCCUGUCACCGCAACCGAGGGCGCAUCCAAAUCUACCGGUACCGUCAGGCCCACCGGCCCCGGUAAUGUACCCGGCUUCGGCACCUCGAGGACCGGCGCGCAGGGAGCCACCACCCUGACGACCGCGACGUCCCGCUCGUCGUCGUCGGUCGUAUCCUCCUCGUCCUCCUCCAUCGUCCGCGCCCAGACCACUAUCACCAGCACGCCAAGCGUCGUCGUGACGACCGUCUCCGCGUCAUCCACCAGCACCUCCGAGUCCGAUGAAUCAACCGGGACGGUCCUGGAGAUGGCCACGGGCUCGCCGUCGGACUACUCGGCUUUCUACACGGACGCGACCGAGACGGUAGCCGUGCCCUCCGCCGCCAUGACGCCAACGACCACCAACUACAACGACGCGCUCAUGAGCCUCGCCAGCUCGGUUGAGGCUUCCUCGGCCGAGGAGACGAAGGCGGGUGGCAGCGACUGCCAGGGCAUGGAUUGCAUCGUCGUCCAGUCCAACUCCGGGGUCAAGAGCGGCAUUAACGCCAGCGGGUUUGCGCUGGUCGCGCUUGCUGGCGCGCUCUUCUUGCUUUAGAGAGGGAGCUUUGUGUCAGCAUUUUUGGUCCAGCUUAUGUGGACCAGAGCUGAAACUCUCGUGAAUUACGAGAGGGGUUAGAUAAAAGUCAGAGUACACACAACUCUAGCGACAAAUUUCUUUGUAUAUAUAUAAACACCAUAAUAGCCACGCGAUGGUACGAAAUAAAUUAUUUGAAAUCCG